CCAUCACUUCCUGUUGAUAUCCGCCGGUACAGUUGCACACACGCCUGCCAGGUAGUGAUUGUACAACCUGCUUAGUGAAGUGCUGAGUUUGACUUCUGACGACAGUCAUUGUGUUAGGAAUAAACCAGGGUACAAGACAAGUCUAUGGCCCAGAGCAUCACAGAAUGUCUCCACCACGACUCACCGGUGCACUGCGCUCUUUCUCUAAUGUCAGCAAGAAGGAGGACUUCACUGAGCAGCUCUGCGAUCUGAGGACAAAGCGUCUGAGGAGACAGGAGCUGUUUGCCAGAGAGGGUCUGACAUGGCAGAAGAUUGUUCACUUUUGCACUCAGCAUCUGGACAAGGCUGAGCAGCAGGCCUCCACUCAGGAACUGAAGAGCAUCCUUCUUGCAGCCAAACAGAUUGUGGGAACUGAAAAUGGCCAGGAGACCAUUGAAAGUGCUGCUGUCUUUCUGUUUGAGACUUUCCACAACAAAGACCACGUGGGCACUGAGGAGACCCGGGCCAUCAAACAGAUGUUUGGUCCCUUCCCUUCAUCUGCAGCUGAAGCCUCAUGUGCUGCUGUAGCCCGGCUGGUGGCUCCACUUGGAGAGUCCCAGGUGGAGGACUUUGUCCGGGUCCAGAGCUCCUGCCGAACCUCCCAACGAGGCUCAACCUUUGGGCGUAACAUUGCAUUUUCCUAUGAUUGCUACACCCUAGACCCCCUGGAGAGCCUGCCCUGGGCUGGGGGCCUUGAGGACAGUGUGAGCCUAGAUUUUGUCAGCUUCUUAAACAACCACCAAGGUGGGAAGAGAUUUGGCGGGAAGGCAGAAGGGCCCGGCCUAGGAAGCUCUGCUGAAAGUUGUGAAGAUGGAGCUAUCCUUAGGACAGAAGUGGAGAAGUACCUGAAUGAAGGCAACAUGAUCUCAUCGAGUCCAGAGGAGCUGUGCACUUCCCUGUUUGAGAUGUUGGCCUCCCAUAAGAGUGAUGAUGAGCUGCAGAAUGAGCUGUUCGAGCUUCUGGGCCCACAGGGACUGGAGAUGAUCUCCACCCUCCUCCAGCGAAGGGCAGCCAUAGUCGACUCCCUCCUCUCCAUCCCACCUGACAGGCUCGGCUACCCACCAGAUGGCAGCCGUAAAGGUAGUGGUGAGGUCAGCAAGCCCACCUAUGGAUGCCAGGUGACCAUCCAGUCGGAACAGGAGAAACAGAUGAUGAAAAUGUACCGCCGGGAAGAAAAGAGGGAAAGGAAGCGAGGGAAAGGCACAGAUGACGCAGACUCUUCAGAUACUGGCUUCUACUUUGACCCCAAAGAGAUGAGAGCCCAGAGGGAGCAGGCCUUGCUGACAGCACGACGUGAACCUGUGUUGAGCAGGGAAAGAGCGUAUGAACCAAUACGCUAUCCUAAUGUCUACGACAGCUAUGCCGAGGCUGCAAAGACACCUGCAUUUGUAGGAGGAGCCAAGAUGCUGCUUCCUGAGGGAAUCCGCAGGGAUAACACUAAGAUGUAUGAAGAAGUGGAGAUCCCACCCAACGAACCCAUGCCUGUCGGCUUUGAGGAGAAACCUGUCUACAUUGCUGAUCUAGAUGAGAUUGGACAGCUGGUGUUCAAGGGCAUGAAACGCCUGAACAGAAUCCAGUCUAUCGUCUUUGAGACAGCAUACAACACCAACGAGAACCUGUUGAUCUGUGCCCCAACUGGUGCCGGCAAGACCAACAUUGCCAUGCUGACUGUCCUCCACGAGAUCCGCCAGCACCUGCAGCCCGGUGGUGUCAUCAAGAAGGACGAGUUCAAGAUAGUGUAUGUGGCUCCUAUGAAGGCCUUGGCAGCUGAGAUGACUAAUUACUUCAGUAAGCGAUUGGAGCCACUGGGCAUCACUGUUAAAGAACUCACUGGAGACAUGCAGCUAACCAAAGGAGAGAUCCUACGAACACAGAUGUUGGUGACCACACCAGAGAAGUGGGAUGUGGUGACCAGGAAGAGUGUUGGAGACGUGGCCCUGUCCCAGAUUGUCAGGCUGUUGAUCCUGGAUGAGGUUCAUCUUCUCCAUGAGGACAGAGGACCUGUACUGGAAAGCCUGGUGGCCAGGACCAUCAGACAGGUGGAGUCCACCCAGAGUAUGAUCAGGAUCCUGGGGCUGUCAGCCACACUGCCCAACUACCUGGAUGUGGCCUCCUUCCUCCAUGUCAAUCCCUACAUUGGCCUCUUCUUCUUCGACAGCCGCUUCAGACCAGUGCCACUCGGACAGACCUUCGUCGGCAUCAAAACCACCAACAAGAUUCAGCAGCUUCAUGACAUGGAUGAGGUUUGCUAUGACAAAGUUCUGGAGCAGGUUAAAGCUGGUCAUCAGGUGAUGGUGUUUGUCCAUGCUCGUAAUGCCACAGUGAGGACAGCCAUGGGGUUGAUUGAGAUGGCAAAGAACCAUGGUGAAACCUCAUUCUUCCAACCAGACCAGGGCCCUGACUACGGACAGUGUGAGAAACAGAUUCAACGCUCCAGAAACAAGCAGAUGAGGGAGAUGUUCCCUGAUGGCUUUGGGAUCCACCAUGCAGGCAUGCUGCGAUCUGACCGCAGCCUGAUGGAGAGCAUGUUCUCCAGAGGGCACCUCAAGGUGCUGGUCUGCACCGCCACCCUAGCCUGGGGUGUUAACCUUCCAGCCCAUGCCGUCAUCAUUAAGGGUACUCAAAUCUAUGAUGCCAAGCGUGGUGCUGUGGUGGAUCUAGGCAUUCUAGACGUCAUGCAGAUCUUUGGACGCGCUGGCCGUCCCCAGUUUGACAAGUUUGGUGAGGGCACCAUAAUCACUACUCAUGACAAGCUGAGCCAUUACCUGACGCUGCUCACCCAGCAGAAUCCCAUAGAGAGCCAAUUCCAGGAGAGCCUGGCUGACAACCUAAACGCAGAGAUUGCCCUGGGGACAGUCACCAAUGUGGAGGAGGCAGUGAAGUGGCUGAGUUACACCUACCUGUAUGUUCGCAUGAGGGCCAACCCACUGGUGUAUGGCAUCAACCACAAGGCCUACCAGAUGGAUCCUAGCUUGGAGUUGUACAGAAAGGAGCUGGUGGUGGAGUCAGGCAGGAAGCUGGACAAAGCCAGGAUGAUUCGCUUCGAGGAGCGUACCGGCUACUUUGCCUCCACUGACCUGGGCAGGACAGCCAGCCAUUUCUACAUCAAAUACAACACAAUUGAGACGUUUAACGAGCUCUUCAACUCCCAAAGAACUGAAGCUGACAUCCUCAGCAUUGUGUCCAAGUCCGAGGAGUUUGACCAGGUCAAGGUCCGUGACGAGGAGGUGGAGGAGCUGGAGCAGCUGCUGUGUAACUACUGUGAGCUUCCGGCUGCAGGGGGCGUGGAGAACGGCUACGGCAAGAUCAAUAUUCUGCUGCAGACCUACAUCGGCCGCGGGGAGGUGGACAGUUUCUCCCUCAUCUCAGACCUGUCUUAUGUGGCACAGAAUGCCGCUCGGAUAUUCCGGGCCUUGUUUGAGAUUGCAUUGAGGAAACGCUGGCCUGCCAUGACCUACCGACUGCUUACCCUUUGUAAGGUCAUUGACAAACGGCUAUGGGGCUUUGCCCACCCUCUCCGCCAGUUCCCUGUCCUUCCCCCCACAGUCCUGACACGCCUGGAGGAGAGGAAUCUCACUGUGGACAAACUCAAGGAAAUGAGGAAGGACGAGAUUGGUCACAUGCUGCACCAUGUCAGCAUCGGGUUAAAGGUCAAGCAGUGUGUCCACCAGAUUCCCUCAAUAGCGAUGGAGGCCAGCAUCCAGCCAAUAACACGCACCGUCCUCCGUGUACGCCUCAUCGUCACCCCCGACUUCAGGUGGAACGACCAGGUCCACGGCUCAGUGGGUGAGCCCUGGUGGUUGUGGGUGGAGGAUCCCGUCAAUGAUCACAUCUACCACUCAGAGUACUUCCUGCUGCAGAAGAAACAGGUGGUAACAGGAGAGCCCCAGAACAUUAUAUUCACCAUCCCCAUCUUCGAGCCAUUGCCUUCCCAAUAUUACAUCAGAGCAGUGUCUGACCGCUGGCUUGGCGCUGAGGCUGUCUGCAUCAUCAACUUCCAGCACCUUAUCUUGCCUGAAAGACAUCCCCCACACACUGAGCUCCUAGACCUGCAGCCGUUGCCGGUGACUGCUUUGGGUAACCGGGAAUACGAGAGCCUGUACAAGUUCACCCACUUCAACCCCAUCCAGACACAGAUCUUCCACACGCUCUACCACACUGACACCAAUGUCCUGCUGGGGGCACCAACAGGCUCCGGGAAGACUAUUGCUGCAGAGAUGGCAAUGUUUCGUGUCUUCAACAAGUAUCCAACAUCCAAGGUGGUGUAUAUUGCCCCUCUGAAAGCCCUGGUUAGAGAGAGGAUCGAAGACUGGAAGAUCAGGAUAGAGGAGAAACUGGGAAAAAAAGUGGUAGAGCUGACAGGAGAUGUGACCCCAGAUAUGAGAGCUAUAGCCCGAGCUGACCUCAUCGUCACCACGCCGGAGAAGUGGGACGGUGUGAGUCGAAGCUGGCAGAACAGAAGCUACGUCCAGAAAGUAGCCAUCCUCAUCAUUGAUGAGAUUCACCUGCUUGGGGAGGACAGAGGUCCAGUGUUGGAGGUCAUUGUGUCGAGGACCAACUUCAUCUCAUCCCACACGUCUAAGGGUGUUCGUGUGGUUGGUCUUUCCACUGCGCUGGCCAAUGCUCGAGACCUGGCUGACUGGUUGGGAAUUAGACAGGUGGGCUUGUUUAAUUUCCGUCCUUCUGUUCGUCCUGUCCCACUGGAGGUUCACAUCCAUGGUUUCCCAGGACAGCACUACUGCCCCCGCAUGGCCAGCAUGAACAAACCUUCCUUCCAAGCAAUCCGCAGCCACUCACCAGCCAAGCCAGUGCUGAUCUUUGUCUCAUCGCGCCGACAAACUCGGUUGACUGCUUUGGACCUCAUCGCCUACCUGGCCACUGAGGACGACCCAAAGCAGUGGCUGCAUCAGGAUGAGAGAGAGAUUGAGGACAUCAUCGGCACAGUGAGAGAUUCCAACCUGAAGCUAACGCUGGCGUUUGGGAUUGGCAUGCAUCACGCUGGCCUGCAUGAGAGGGACAGGAAGACUGUGGAGGAGCUGUUUGUUAACUGCAAGAUCCAGGUUUUGAUUGCCACCAGUACGCUGGCCUGGGGGGUGAACUUCCCCGCUCACCUGGUGAUAGUCAAAGGAACUGAGUACUAUGAUGGGAAAACCAGGCGCUAUGUAGACUACCCCAUCACAGAUGUUCUGCAGAUGAUGGGCCGAGCAGGCCGGCCUCAGUUUGAUGACCAAGGCAAAGCAGUCAUCCUGGUCCAUGACAUCAAGAAAGACUUCUACAAGAAGUUCCUCUAUGAGCCCUUCCCCGUCGAGUCCAGUCUCCUGGGUGUGCUGUCAGACCAUCUGAACGCCGAGAUCGCUGCAGGCACCAUCGCCUCCAAGCAGGACGCCAUGGACUACAUCACCUGGACUUACUUCUUCAGGCGACUGGUCAUGAACCCCAGUUACUACAGCCUGGAAGACAUCAGCCAUGAGUCCAUUAACAAAUACCUGUCCAACCUAGUGGAGAGAAGCCUGAGGGACCUGGAAUGCUCCUACUGCAUAGAGAUACAAGAAGACGACAGGACCAUCGAGCCGCUGACAUAUGGCCGCAUCGGCUCCUAUUACUACUUGAAGCAUCAGACCAUUCGCAUGUUUAAGGAGCGGCUGAGGGCCGAGCUGCCCGCCCAGGAGCUGCUCUCCGUCCUGACGGAUGCAGAGGAGUAUGCUGAGCUGCCUGUCAGACACAACGAGGACCAGCUGAACAGCCAGUUGGCUCAGCAGCUCCCCCUGCAGGUCAACCCCCACUCCUACGACAGUGCCCAUACCAAGACUCACCUGCUGCUGCAGGCCCAUUUCAGCCACGUCCAGCUGCCUUGCAGUGACUACACCACCGACACCAAGACAGUGCUGGACAAUGCCAUUCGAAUCUGUCAGGCAAUGCUGGAUGUAGCUGCCAGUGAGGGCUGGCUGGUGACUGCGCUCAGUAUCUGCAACCUGGUGCAGAUGAUCGUCCAAGGCCGCUGGCUGCAUGACUCCUCAUUACUGACUCUGCCACAUAUAGAGCAGCAGGACCUCUAUUUGUUUAGGAGCUGGGCUAACAGGAAGGGGAGGGUCGGAGUGGGCGGCUUCCAAGGGCCAAUCGAAGGGCUUCCUGAGUUGAUUGCCACCUGCGAGGGAAAGGAGAGUACUUUUGCUGCAAUUGUUGGGCAGCAGCUUCAGUCCAGUCAGAUUGGCCAGGCCUGGUCAUUCCUCAGCCAUCUCCCAGUGCUGGAGGUUGCAAUGAGUGUGAAGGGCUGGUGGGAGGACAGCCAGGAGCAGACAGAGCGCCCCCUGCCUACAACAGUGGGGAACCUCAGGGAUGAGAGGAACUGGUUGGAUGUUCACGCUGACCAGGAAUACGUUCUGCAGGUCUCACUGAGACGCUUCAACAUGGGACAGCAAAAGAGGAAUCAGGACAGUAAGGCCCAGGCUCCCAGGUUCCCCAAGGUGAAGGAUGAAGGCUGGUUCCUGGUUUUAGGCGAGGUGGAGCGCAGAGAGCUGCUGGCCGUCAAACGGGUUGGAUAUGUUCGCAGCCACACAGACAUCUCUGUGGCCUUUUACACACCAGAGAACACUGGAAGGUGUAUCUACACACUGUAUCUGAUGAGUGACAGCUACCUGGGUCUGGACCAGCAGUAUGACAUCCACCUGAACGUGACGGCCGCCAGCAUCGCUGCUCAGGUCAACACCGAAGUGUCCGACACCAUGAGCAAACUGUCCUGCAACUGAUCCACAGUGAGGGAAAAUACCGGCACCAUCAGCCAAAUUCACAAAGUCUGGUGGAACGACAAUGUCUGUGUUGAAGGAGAAAAUCCUUCCUGGGACACUCUUCAGCUACUAGAUAUCAAUCUGUGAUCUGUGGAUUCCAGAAGGUCUUUUUUGAUGAAGUGUUAUGAUUUACUUUGUUGAUGAACCCAACUUUCCCUCAGUCUCCUUCAAGUUCACGUAAUGAUUUACUACAUUUCCCAGAAUGACACAUACCCUUAGUCAAACCACAACACGUUUCUUCUUCAUUCUGGACUAUGAACAGUGUUUACCUUUUUUGGGUUGGAUUUAUCCUUUAAAAAUCCAGGUAUGGAUUUAUAUCUUACCCUAAGAACAGAUGGGACAGAGACUAAACUUUGCAACUAUAGUAACCAUUGUGGCCUUAUGGAAAGAAAGUUGCAUAAAUGGAAAUGUUGCUUGGCCAAAAAACAGAAGUUGCAUCCUCUGAUAAUUGAAUUAAUGGCAGUUUUUCUAUGGCAUCACCGCGAGUCAUAUUGUAUGGCUUUGGAUCACUGCCUGAACCUGUUAUCCCUGAGAGGAAAAAUAAGGAGAAAAGCAGGUUUGAUUUACUUUGAGUUUAUUUAGAAUCACACAAGACAUGUAAAAAAAAUAUGUAAUGAGAUGUUGUUGAUGCAAAGAAGAGAGAG